UGCGCAUGAUUUUGACAAACAAACAGCAUGGCGGCACAAGCACAUGGUCCGAACAUAUUGAUUACAGGUACUCCUGGAACAGGAAAGUCAACACUGGCUUCUGAAAUAUGUCAGCGAGCUGCUUUAAACUAUGUUAAUAUUGGAGAGGUAGCAAAACAAGGAGACCUGUAUGAGGGAUGGGACCACAUAUACGAGUGCCAGAUGAUCGAUGAGGACAGGGUGAUUGAUGAGUUGGAGGAAAAGAUGGGCCAGGGAGGCAACAUUGUUGACUAUCACAGCUGCGAGUUCUUCCCGGAGAGGUGGUUUGACAUCGUCUUUGUUCUGAGGACAGACAACACUAUCCUCUAUGACCGAUUGGAAACGAGGGGCUAUAAGGGGAAGAAACUGGAAGACAAUGUGCAGUGUGAAAUAUUCCAAACUAUCUUAGAGGAAGCCAGAAACUCAUACAAAGAAGAAAUCGUACAUGAACUUUUCAGUAACACGCCAGAAGAACUAGAAGAUAACUUAGAAAAAGUGUUAUCCUGGAUUGAGCAUUGGAAGGUCAUUCACUAGCAACAAUAAUGUUGAUAGUUGUCAUUUUAUUGUGUUAAUUGUUUGUCUAAUUUGUGUAUCCCUUGUACUGAUAUUGUCAAAUGACCUUUAUUGCUUUAGACCGGUUGGGAAUUACCUAGUAAGUAAUGAGACAGUCUCAACAUAACAAUGGAGUGCACUAAAAUUGGUAAAAUUAGUAUGUUUGAUUGAUAGCUGCAACUCUUUCGGUGAUUAUAAUAAACUAUUGUUUGAA